CUGCCCCUAACAAAGAUGGCUGCCUACUCCGCCCUACCCCGCCCUUCGGCAGGUGUCAAAUACGAGACUCUUUCACUUUCGAGUCACUGUUGACGGGAGAUGGCGCCGAUUCCGAAGACUGUGGGGCGGAUCAAGCUAGAUUGCCCUCUGCUGUCUGGCUGCCCGCUGGGGGUCGCUGCUGUCCCCAAACUCUGCAAGGAAUUCGGUCCUGAGGACUACGGCAAAGAGGACAUAGAGGAUUUUCUUCGACGGCUUGUGGAGAGUGACCCCCAGGGCCUGCACCGGAUCCAUGUGGAUGGGAGCAGCGGGCGGCUGCAGCUGUGGCACCAUGAUUACCUCCUGAACCAUUUCUGUGAUGAGGGGGAAACGACUGGACAGAGUGACAGGGGCAAGGGGGCUGAGGGAGUGGGCACCUACUGUGGUCUCCAAAAGUCCUUCCUGUACCCUUCCCAAGGGUCUAAGACCCGCCCUCAAAGCCCCUCUGCCUCGGCAUCCUUCGCCAGUGGCUCAGACAGCCUACUCCAGGUGGCCAUGCCCCAGAAGCUCCUGGUGACUGAAGAGGAAGCCAACCGCCUGGCUGAGGAGCUGGUGGCUGAGGAGGAGCGCAUGAAACAGAAAGCAGAGAAGAAACGACUCAAGAAGAAGCGUCAAAAGGAUCGAAAGCGACAGGAGCGCUUGGAGCAGGACGGUGUGGAGCCCAAGGCCAAGGGUACCGCAGAUGGGGAUGGGAGCCCCCCAUCCAGCCCUGGGAACCCAGCUCCGGGACAGUGUGGUGAGGAAGAGGACUCACUGGAUCUAUCUAGCACUUUUGUGUCUCUGGCUUUGCGCAAAGUUGGGGAUUGGCCCCCCAGUGCCCACAGAGAGAAGGGACUGAGCCAGGAGCCCCAAGGCAAGAGCCUGGGCCCCCAGGAGAAGAUGGGCCAGGAGGAAGGGAGCUCUCCAAGAGAAGACAGCCCCAGGCAGAGUCCUAAGGCAGAGGCAUCUCCAGGACUGCUGGCAGCUGCCUUACAACAGAGCCAGAAGCUGGCAGAGUUGGGUACCAGCUUUGCCCAGAAUGGUUUCUACCAGAGGGCUGUGGUCCUCUUCACCCAGGCCCUGAAGCUCAACCCCCGGGACCACCGGUUAUUUGGAAAUCGCUCUUUCUGCCAUGAGCGGCUGGGUCAGCCAGCGAGGGCCCUGGCCGAUGCUCAGGUGGCCCUUACCCUGCGGCCCGGCUGGCCCCGGGGCCUCUUCCGCCUAGGCAAGGCCUUAAUGGGACUGCAGCGUUUUGAGGAGGCGGCUGCUGUGUUCCAGGAGACUCUGAGAGGCGGAUCCCAGCCUGACGCAGCCCGAGAGCUCCACUCUUGCCUUCUGCAACUCUCUCUGCAGGAUCAGCGAAGAGGAAUCCCUGCGCCACCUCUGUCUACUGGGUUCCCCCAGCCAUUUCUCCAUGCUGAGCUGGGGGCUUCAGGCCUCCUCUCCCUCAGUCGCCCUCGAAGCACUGCUCCAAGGCCCCCUGGGCUUUUGUCUCCACCAUCGCAUUAUCCCCCAUGGCACCCGAGCCACUCCAACUGGCCCCUUCCCCAGACUCAGAGUGGAAGACCCCAUCCUCUCCAGCUCCAGGACCCCUCAAAGGACUCGGGCAUCCUGGGACUUGGACCUCAGCAUCUACCUCAGGCCAGAUGAAGAAGGACCUGUGCCUCCUAGGACAAGGCCUUGUGUGCACGGGGAUGAGAGACACUGUGAGCCAGCAGUUCGCAGCAUAUUUUGAGACCUUAUACUCUCAUACCAGAGUUAAAGACACCCCUGGCAGUCAUUCCUCUUGCCACAGAGACUUUCUGAUGAGCGAAAGGAGCCUUGCGUUCACUGAAACAGCCUUUCUCUGCUUCUCAAGCAGAUGGCUUCUUUUGGGGACGGUAAGGAAAUAUUUUAAAAAGCCUCAAGAAAGGAUCUGUACAAAAGUUCAGGUUUUCAGACUACGACAGACCCAGCAGAGGGGGCAUGUGGGGCUCGUUCUGCUUCUUGACCCUGGGGAGUCACUGGCCAGCCAGAGCUCUGUGCUCAGGAAUGGGGUCACAGUGAUGAGGAAGGCCUGAGUCCCACCCUUCAGCUGGGUGGAUGUUCACCUCUUCCUAAUCCCAGUUCUGGCCCUGUUUUCUCUAGCCCCAGCUCCACACGCGCUGUUUCCUAUCCACAUGUCUAUACACGUUCUGACCUCUCCUCUGCCCAGUGGACUGGUGCUCACCUCCUCCCACUGCUAGAAGAUUCACCAAAGGUUUUGCAUUUGAGAAGUCCCUUACCACCUCCUGCAGGGAGCUAGCAGAGCCCAAACAUCUCCACACUCCCUCACUGCUGGUCUCCCACCAGUGGGGCCCCAGCAGGUGCCCAGGCUGCUGCCACCUUGGCCAUGCUUUCUUCCCUCCAGCACUGAGCAUUGUAACUAGCUUUCCCUGUGUGAAUGUACUGAGUUCUUCCACCAAGGGUCCCUGCCCCCAAAGAAGGCUAUAAUUACUUCCUGUGUAAGAAUCAUCUCCUUUGGUUUCUCCUGUAAGAUCCUGGCAACUGCCCCUGGCUGGUUCCUCCCUAGCCCACCUGGGACUCUCAAUUUAUUUAAAUGUGGAUCUGCAGGGGACUUUUAGGCCUCCCAGAAUGCCUUUCCCAGAGGAACCAUUCAUCAGGAUGAAUGAUUCUUGUUGCCCUUUGGGUCUUGCUCAACUCCAUUCGCACCCAGAGAUAGGAGGUGUUGGAACACCUGCUUUUCUAUAGGGGUUUCCCAACUUCUUUUUAUUGUUUAUGGUUGCAGGCCCCUUAAAUACUCUAUCACAGGAUGAAGUGUGCCAUUACUAGUUGGGCCACCUUGAGCAGGUCUCUCAACAUCUGUGCCUCAGGUCCCUCAUCCAUAAAAUGGGCGCAAUCCCUACCUUACAGGGCUGUUGUGAGGACUAAAAGAGAAAGUGUGAGAAAAUACCUACCAAGUGCCUGGGACAUAGUGGGUGUUAAAUAAACUGAUUUUUAUCUGCAACUGUCCUACAUAUUCAUGAACCCCACAGUGGGAAGAGAGGAGUAUGAGUGAAUUGUUGCUUAUUUCACAAAAUAAAGAGUUCCUGGGACUGUG